AUGGAGGUUGCUUUUAAAAUGUAUCUGGGUAUAACUCCCAGUGUGACCAACUGGAGUGCAGCUGGAGAUGAAUUUUCAUUAAUUCUGGAAAAUAAUCCACUUGUGGACUUUGUGGAAUUGCCUGACAACCAUUCCAGUUUGAUUUACUCUAAUCUCCUCUGCGGAGUUCUGAGAGGUGCAUUGGAAAUGGUUCAAAUGGCAAUUGAUGUGAAAUUUGUCCAGGACACACUCAGGGGUGACAAUGUGACAGAAAUCAGAAUGAAAUUCACUAAAAGGAUUGAAGAAAAUCUUCCAGCUGGAGAAGAAUAGCAUUUCAUAGUGCAGCAUUUUUCUGGACAGUAAGAAGGUAUUCUCUCAAUACUAUAGAUUGUUGUAUUGUGAAGUUUAUUUAUUGG